CAGGGCCCGCCGUGACCUCCCGGUCCCGACCGCGAUCCGGCGCUGCCGGCGCUGCCGCGGGCGCCGCUGCCGGGGAGGUGCGGCCGAGGCGGGCUCAGUGCCGCCGCUGCCUCUCGGAGGCCGCGUUAGCCCCCGGGCAGGCCUGCGGGCAGGCAGCGGGCGACCGGGACGGGGUUGAGGUGACUGGUCUCUGGAGGGCCGUGUCCCGCGUAGGAAUCGCCCGCUUACUUGUCUUUUAAACAGGUUAUGCUUAAAAGAAAGUUUCUGCUGAGUGCUUUUAUGGCUUUGUAACUUCAUAGUAAAACAGCUACUUCGAGUAUCUAUUUGAUUACCAUAUCAUCUGGAUCCAGAGGUCACUUGUACUAAAAUGUGGACCGCCAAAAUGCUUUGUAGUGCUCAAAUACUGUUGCUCCAGAUGAAAGAAGGCCAAUUGUGUAGUUGCAUGUUUCCCAAAACGUGGCAGUUCUGGAUUGGAAUUCCAAGCUACUGCACUUUAAGAGUGCCACAUAACAAAGUUAAAUUCCAGGUUUCCAAGGUAAAUGAUAAACAAUCCAUAGUUGAUAGAAAAAUGGCUACUAGUGCAGAAGGAACCAAAAUAGCUAUUGGAAAAAGUCCCAGUGGAGUAUGUGAUGGAAGACAACAUUCAUUACAAGCCCAAAUGAGACACAUCAACCUGUCCUUUGCAGCUUGUGGCUUUCUGGGCAUUUACCACUUGGGGGCAGCAGCUGCUUUUCACAGGCAUGGUAAGAAGUUACUGAGAGAUGUGAAAGCUUUUGCAGGAGCUUCUGCGGGAUCUCUGGCUGCCGCUGUCUUGUUAGCAGUGCCAGAAAAUAUAGAGAAAUGUAAGCACUUUGCCUAUGGAUUUGCAGAGGAAGUCAGAAGAUUGAACUUUGGUGCUGUAACGCCUGGUUAUGAUUUUAUGAAAACACUUAGGGAGGGCAUAGAAUCCAUUCUUCCUUCUGAUGUCCAUGAGAUAGCUGAGAACCGGCUCUAUGUGUCAGUCACUAACUCCAAGAGUGGGGAAAAUCACUUGGUUUCAAAUUUUGCGUCCAGGGAGGACCUCAUUAAGGUCCUGCUAGCAAGUAGUUUUAUACCAGUGUUUGCAGGAAUUAAGCCAGUGGAAUUUAAAGGACAGAAGUGGAUUGAUGGUGGCCUUACCAAUGGCCUUCCUAUCUUGCCUGUGGGAAGAACGGUGACAAUUUCCCCUUUCAGCGGUCGAUUGGAUAUCUGUCCACAAGAUAAAGGGCGUGUGGACCUGUAUGUCAAAUUAGCAAAACAAGAUAUGAUGCUGUCUCUGGCCAACCUGGUAAGGCUUAAUCAAGCUUUGUUCCCACCAGACCAGGAGAAAAUGGAAUCGUUGUACCAAAAUGGCUUUGACGAUGCUGUUCGCUUUUUAUUGAAAGAAAACUGGUUUGAGUAGACAGCUCACAGAAAAUUAGCAAAACAUGAGGGAUGUCAAAACACACCUACAGGCAUCCUAGAGAAUCUCAGGGAUUGCUGCCCCAGUUCCUGUUUAUGAAAAUAAACAUCCCAAUGGACUUGGAUCUGCUUCUGCUGAGAAGGUAUCAGUUGCACUCCACGGAGCUGUAUAAACAUGUCAGAACAGGAGCUGGACGUGUCUGGUGGAUGUCUUGUUUUGAGGAGGUUCCACUUAGAUUCAUUUUGCUUCAGCUGGGGACUUGAGUGUGGGAUUUGUAAAAAGUGUCAUAAUUACAGAAAUUUAGAAAGGUCUUUUUCAGUGUUAUUUGAGAGAAGAACUGAUGUUAUGUAAUGAAAAAUUGCCAUCUGUAUUAUUCACGUAACAGACUUCUGUGUAUUAGUUCUGCAUAUUAAUUAGAUGCUCACAUUGUUAUUGAACUAAAAUGUAACUUGCACUGUUCCAAAGGUCUUGAAAAUUAAGUGCUAGACACAAGAAGAUAAAACAUUUGCACUCUUAUGUAUUUUUUUCACUUUAAAAGUUCUUUCUUCAGUGAAUGUCUUAUUUUAAAAUUUUAAAUACUACCUGAAAUUUUUUAGCAGAAAUGUGAUAUAAAAAUAACUUAUAAAGAAGGCUGUAAAAAUUGUUAUAUUUAUUAUGUUUUCUUCCUCUGCCAAAACUGAAUAAAUAUAUUUUCUUGAAA